AUGCUCCACAGUAAUUACCUAACCAAACUCCUCAGCUCCAUGUGUCGGCUAACCAUGUGUCUCUCUGUCCCUCUGUCUGUGUGUCCUCAGAAGGAGGUACAUGUGAGGUGAUCGCAGCCCACCGGUGCUGUAAUAAGAACCGUAUCGAGGAGCGCUCCCAGACUGUCAAGUGCUCCUGUUUACCGGGAAAGGUGGCCGGGACAACACGCAACAAACCCUCUUGUGUGGAUGGUAAGGACAUGUUCAUAGCAUGUUAUUCACUUUUUAAUAUCACAUAUGGCUUAAUAUUCUAAAAAUAAGUAGUUCCCUAAAUGUAGUGUAGAGGUACUUUUUUACAGUAGUUUAUAACUUUGAUUGUAAUUAUAAUAUUGCUGGCAUUUACACACUUUUGAAUGAGACUGCCACACGCUGAGAUGUUUCAACAGCUUUCUUCCUAGUGCGGCUCAUUCUUGCAUGAGUGGGGUUGCAAAGCUAAUCUUCAGUUAUUCUGGUAAUUAACAGAAAAUCUAUGGCAAUCUGUCGUAACUUUGGUAAUUUAUACUUGAAUAACUUUUUUUUUUAAUAUUCAUAUAUAGUAUUCAUUUUUAUAUGUCGUCCAUAUUGUCCAUGAGUUUCUAGUAGACACACCAUAUUGUUCAAUAUAAAAUAGCCUAAAUAAUGAAAAGACAAUGGUAUUAUUUUCAAUUACCUCUGCAACCUGUCCAACUAUUGAUUUUUUUUCACAACUGCCACCAGUUUGACGCCAAAGCAUUUACAACAAAUACAUAGUAAAAUAAAUAAAAGUGUAAAAAAAAAAAGAAGGAUAUGUGGAAAUACUCAUAUUAAACAACCAAGGGUGUUGAUGGUCUAUAUUUAGGAUAAUGUUUUACAGCUUUGUCAUUCAUUUUUUUAAAUUAAAAAAUCACGUGUGAUAAGGCCACACAGAGGGGCAGAGAUAAUUACAGACACCUGUGAUAAUCUGAAAUACCCCAAAGGGCCAUUAGACACUAGUCUAAGAUCCUUGAAAGAUGCCAACAUUCUGGUAGUUUACUGGUAAACGUCAAAGGUUUCAAAGAAUAUACUCUAUGCAUGACUCUCUUCUGUCUUAAUGAAGUCAAUUGAGAUAAUAAUAAAGCACUCUAAUUUGGAGACUAAGUUGAAUCUGGGUGAGUGCAGCAAAGGAUUGUGGGAGACAAGCAAUACCUGAGAUGCACAGCUGAACACAUGGGAAUGGCUCAUGUUGCAUAUUGCAUGGCCCAAGGCAGCUUAGGUUCAUAAAUGAAUAAAUAAAAAACACAAGUCUGGGAACCCCUGGGCUGACACACCUGAAACACCUGAGGAAAAUAAUCAACAGAGUUACAGGGAAACAGAGCACAGGACCACAGGCAGUCACAAGCCCAGUGAGAUAGAACAGAACAUAACAGAGAAGCUAGGUCCUUCAGAACUCAUUUAUCCUGAUGCAGUUUAUUGUGCACCUCAAACUCCUCAAAGUAAUCUAGGCUGUCCUCACAAAGGAACGACACAGAGUCUUCAUCAUGAAUGACGUACGUCUGCCCUCUUCAAUCCAUUUUAUAGUCUUGGUUAGCUACAUCUGACACUUUGAUCAGUUCUGGAAUAUGAAUUAGAUAUAAGCCAUGAGACAGACAAAGCUAAGCUAAUUCAUCCUUAAAACCAACUGCUAAGGCUAAGGACUCAGAACUUGGUUGACUUACCAAAUGUAAGAAAACAGGCGCGUUCCACAGCUAAGGCGAUGCGACGCAAUAACCAAUGGUUGCGUGCCACGUCAUCGACUGUGUCAUCGACUGACAAAUUGCUAUAACAUAUACUGCUUUAACUGAUACUUCAAAUACCUAUCCAACCGUUGUAAGAUCUGUCAAGCAUCCACAAUGUCUAAGCAUAGGAACGCGCCCAGCAUGUUAAGUGCAUUUCACAAAGGGAAAACCCCCCUGAAUGAAACAUUUAAAGAGUUCUAACCUUGAAAACAGCAGUGCAGUUCCUCUAGCAAACAGUUUUGUCCCACACAGACAUAGACAGCCAGCCAAACAAUGUCUCCUCCACCAUACCUGAAAAACAUACAUCUGAAGGGCCUGUUGUAACCAUGGCCCUCUGGAAAUUAUAUAUUUUCUCUCCAGCCAACAAUACAAGCUUUAUUGACGAGGGAAUCAUAUCUGAUGGUGGCAAGGAUACAAUGCAAUAUGUUAGAUGGAUGUAUAUCUUUACAUUGCCUUGGUGUGAUCAGUUUCAUAGGAUCCAGAUAUGAGGAGAGAUGAGAGGAUGGGGAAUGAGGUAGUGGGGAGUGGAGAAUGAAUGGAGAAGGUAGGAGAGGGGAUAGGGGGGAUGCAGAGGAGGGAAGGGAGGGCUGGGAGAUGCUCACACUUCAUGCCUCUGUGCUCCUGGCUCCUGCAGUGAGGGAAGAAUCCCUGUACCUGUUACUGUAUUAAUUAACAACCUGUUAUAUAGAGAGUGGGGAUGAAAAUGGAAAUGACAAGUCACUGAGCAGCGAUGUUCCAGCAGUAGUGAGCACCACAGCACCCCAGAAGGAGGGAGGGAGGGAGGGAGGGAGGGAGGGAGGGAAGGAGGGAGGGCGAGAGAGCGAGCGCCAGUGGUACCUAUCCCUCUUUCAUAGAACCAAAUGAAAUUACAGAGAAAAACAGAUGACAGCAUGUGUGGUUGAUUGAGGAGACACACCAUUUACUUUUGGCUUUUGUCUGAUUGAUGCCAUUUUGUAAUAAGAUGAUCAUAACUUUACAUUUACAUUUUUGUAAUUUAGCAGAAGCUCUUAUCCAGAGCGACUUACUGGAGCAGGGUCAAGUGCCUUGCUCAAGGGCACAUCAACAUGUUAUUUUACCUAGUCGGCUCAGGGAAUCGAACCAGUUGGUACAAUACACAGGUAACAAAAGAGUCCGCCAUUAAGGAAAAUCAAUCAAACACUCAGCACCCUAUCUUCCCUACACAUGCACCAAGUCCUGUACUGUAUGAGUGGCAAGACGUAGAGAUCGAUUACUCUCCUUUCUUUGAGACAGCAUCCUGGGUGUAUUAACUGUCAUUAGCAUCAAACCAGGCAAACCAUUAAACAGAGAAAAGGGACUGCAUAAAGAUAAAACAGUUCCAAAGACGUUCUUUUAUAUGUAACAUUUACUCCUUUGUAUAUAUUAGGGAUGUGUAUUUGUGUGAUAUUUCCUCUGGGAUUGGUAACUGAUUGGGGUGUUUAUUAAUGCAUGGGAAUGUGGUACUUGUGUUGGAGGCUGGUGCCUCACACACUCGGUGGGGGUGUGCUGUAAGCUUAUCCCUGCAUGGGAAUUGAUUAUUAGCUUUGACAAGUAGAACUACGUCCCAGUUAUGUCAGGGCCAACAAGGCUUUUAGUGUGGAACAUCCCAUUUAACAAGUCAAACACUCCGGCUUAUUUCUCACAGCACAUGCUAGGCCAAUGCAAUAUGCUCAAAUUAGGCGCCUGCCACAGAACCACUGCCUUUAUCCUGCUCUGAGAAAUGCAAGCGCACAAACACUGUACACAUACUUUUUAUACACACAUACACACACACACCACACACACACACCCCACACACACACCACACACACACACACCCCCCCCACACACACACACACACACCAUACACACACACACACAUACAGAAUGCUGUUUGCACCCCCUCUGCCACAUAGACAGACACACAUACUAUUUAUACUGUAGCAGUGAUGAUCUCUUGUCACAAGCAACACACACACACACACACUUUCUCUCAUAUAUACACAUACUGUAUAGUACACACACAGACACACAUAUCUUUUCCCUCUUGGGCAUAUUAAGCAUGGUGCUAGCAACUGAUGGAGAAUAAACCCUUCUGUUUGGCUGUGGGCGGGUAAUGCUGAACAUGACAGGUUGUCAUGGUACAUUUGAGCAACGUCCAGGGGGAAACCACACAUGGAUGCUAGCUACUUCAAGGGUGGAAAGAGAUGCCUGAUUCCUCCACACACUCUGCUGAAUAGCUACAGAAUAUCAAAAGCACUCGGAAUGAACUACAUAGUUUGAAAGGUCCUUCAAAAGAUAUUCUUACAUACGCAGGGCCAUUACCAUGAUUAGUGAUAUCAAUGUUUCAAAGAGAAAAUACUUCAUUAUAUCUGGAGAUGUGACACGCUACAUACACUGAGUAUACAAAACAUAAAGGACACCUGCUCUGUCCAUGGCAUAGACUGACCAGGUGAAUCCAGGUGAAAGCUAUGAUCAACUUAUUGAUGUCACUUGUUAAAUUCAUUUCAAUCUGUGUAGAUGAAGGGGAGGAGACAGGUUAUAUAAGGAUCUUUAAGCCUUGAGACAAUUGAGACAUGGGUUCUGUAUGUGUGCCAUUCAGAGGGUGAAUGGGCAAGAAAGAGGGUGAAUGGGGCUUGCCUGUUUUGCAUGUUAUUUUGCCAGUAAUACGUGUCUGUCACGCCCUGACAUAGAGUUGGCUAGUUGGUGAGUCAGGGUGUGAAUAUUUUGUGUGGGAAUUUCUAUGUGGACAUUCUAGUAUUUGUAUUUCUAUGUUUGGCCGGGUGUGGUUCCCAAUCAGAGGCAGCUGUCGCUCGUUGUCUUUGAUUGGGGAUCAUACUUAGGCAGCCAGUUUUCCUGCCUGGGUUGUGGGAUCUUGUUUGUGUUUCGGUGUGUUUGGCUUGUUUGUGUAUUGCCUUCCGACGUCACGUUUCGUUGCCUUUUGUUGUUUUGUCAGUGUUUAUUGUUUUAAUAAACAUGCAUGCAUUCCACGCUGCGCCUUGGUCUAAUCCGUCUCUCAACGAUCGUGACAGUGUCACAUAUCAGUUUGCAAGCAAUGUAAAAAAAUUACAUAAUUGAGUUAAUAAAGCCGCAUACAAAUAUCGUCUCUUUUUUGCUUUAUUGAGUAAAGCUGCUCCAAAAUGCAGGUGUUUUCGAAAAAUGUAAUCAUCGAAUAUUGUAAGAGCUUUCAUUGUCUGCUUAUAUGCCCCCUUCACAGGGAGAACACUGUAAGAAUGGCCCAUGUUCUGAAUUCUGUCGCUGUACAUUUCAAAAGUGCUGAACAAAUAGUUAUAUUGACUAUGUCUGUCCUAGCUCACUCAUUAAUGUCUUAAUCGAAAUUACGGAUUGCCUCUUAUCUGCUUGUCGUUCCCUUAUGCCAUAGUUUGUACAUCUCAAUUGUCAGUAGAAACCACAUUUGUUUAAGCAAGUCAAUCAUAUCAGCUAUGUUUUUUUUUUAAGGCAGUAAAUGAGUCUGAAUGAACUGUUUCGCUGCCAGACAAGGCUCCGCUGAUAGCCAGGUAUAGCAGUGGUAAGGUGUUGGGACUGCUGUUGGGAAAACGUUAUGUAGGCCCUAACAGUUUGUGGGCACCGUUUGUCACCGUUAUAGUGCAAUUAAUGUAUUGUUUAGUGUUGUGUUGUAUUGUGUAGUGGCUUUGCUGGCAUGCAUCCCACAUAUAUAUAUAUAUUAUAAUUUUUUCCCCACCAAGAUUUACAUGCUAAAAUUGCCACUGGUACUGUACAUGGAACACACCGCUGAGACUAUACAGAGGAGAUGUAUUCUUUAUACACACACAUGUGCUGGCUGUGUGUCUGUGUGGAUGCAUUAAAACAAUGCUUCAGACCUGGCUUUCCACGAUUACCUUGCCUCACGUUUGACAGUGCAAAGUCUAAAUCCAAUGACAUCUAAACAAAGUCACACAAAAUGAACAUCAAAUUCAAUUAUUGGAAGACCUCUGUCCUUCCCAGCAUGCUUUACUCAGUUAUAGACCCACUUGUGAUGAGCAAGCCUGCAAGGCCUCAACCUGGUGCCGAUACAAGGUGAGCAGAACAGUGCUGUAGCUCCUGUAGUUGUUGCAAAACAAUGCCUCCUCUCUCGCUGCACGCCCGCCGACAGGAGCAAAGUAAAAACUGUACAAAUACUAAAGGCUGCAUGAGUCAGAGUUAAUUUAAAUAAAUACAAAUUGUUGGUGAUUAUUGAACAGAACUAGGUAGCUAACGUCCUCCAACUUUGUUGCAUUCCACCAAGCUCUUCCGCCAUAGCAGACGUCAUUAGACACUUGACCUUUCAACUGACAAGACAGGAAGUCUCCCGAGUGGCGCAGUGGUCUAAGAGAUCCUGGUUCGAAUCCAGGCUCUGUCGUAGCCCGCCGCGAACGGGAGACCCAUGGGGCGACGCACAAUUUGGGUAGGGGAGGGAAUGGCUGGCAACGAUGUAGCUCAGUUGGUAGAGCAUGGUGUUUGCAAUGCCAGGGUUGUGGGUUCGAUUCCCACGGGGGGCCAGUAUAAAAAAUGUAAUGUAUGCACUCACUAACUGUAAGUAGCUCUGGAUAAGAGCGUCUGCUAAAUGACAAAAAUGUAAAAUGUAAGUGCUCCUUACAAGGGACAGGAGUCAUUCAGCCAGCCAGGGCUAUUCUUUGUGUUCCACUCUCUGCAUAGUUCCACAUAUACUACUUCACAUCUGGACACUUUAAAGUUCCAUCCAUUCUCAUCAUUCUUUUUGCAAGAGCAAUUGUACAGGUUACAAUUCAGAAACUCUCAUCAGAGGUGAUACAGUUCUUCAACGACCACUCGGGCACACUUCAAGACGAAUAACCACAACACUAUUAGAAGCACAUUCACAUUCAGUACACACAUUUUUACAUUAAAAUUUUAGUCAUUUAGCAGACGCUCUUAUCCAGAGCGACUUACAGUUAGUGAGUGCAUCCAUUUUCAUACUGGCCCCCCGUGGGAAACAAACCCACAACCCUGGCGUUGCAAGCGCCAUGCUCUACCAACUGAGCUACACGGGGCCACACACACACAUACACUCACACACACACAUGCAAAUAUACACUUUUCACAUUCCAUAAAUACUAUACAGGCUGUGGUCCCAGGGUAGUCAUUAUGAGUGUAAAAUAUUGGACAUGUAGUAAUUGAGAGGCCAAACAAUAGUGUCUGAAUAGCUAAUCAAGAGACAGUCUGGUACUGUGAAGAGCAACGAUUAAUAUAGAAUAAUGGCUUGUGAAACUGACCUCAGAUCUGGGGUCUCUGUCUCGGUCCCUCCAUAAUUACACACUGGCUUCAUUAUUCCAGCUCUGUUGACCUUCCCCAGCCUUAUUACUGCCAUUACACACUGGCCAGUCUCCCUGGGACUUCAGCCAGGCUCAUAUCUCUGUGCAAGGACUGACCAGGCCUCUUCAUUAAAACAAUCAGCUCAUUAUGCCCAGUUACUGGUCUGGUGAGAUAGGACUCCCAUGACUGAUUGAUUUGGAAAUAAGUGUGUGAUGGGUUAGAGACACAGACACUGAGUGUUGAGGUACUGUCGAUUGAUUGCAGAGUGGAAGAGGGCUGCUGACUAUAAGAGGCUGGAGGGACAUGGUGCCAGACAGAGGGGCACAGGAGGGCCAGAGGGGCAUUAGAGAGAGGCAGAGGGAGGCAGGGAGAGUUCACCAUUAUCCAGUGUGAGCCAUCGAUCCAUGCCCCCAACACCUGCAGAAAAGCCAAGACGUAGGAAAAAGACACUGAGGGCCACCAAAGCCAUUGGAAAAUGUAUAUGUUUGCCUUGAUUCAUUUAAAGUAAGUCCAGUCCAUGUAUAGUGUAGAGAAUCAUUGUACGAUCUAAACUGCUGUGAAAUAUAUUUGUUAUAACCAAAAAUAUUGUAUUUUCAGCUGUUUGAAACUGGUGUACAAAACCUAAAGUAAAAUAUGCAAAAACUAAACUUAAGAACGGGAUGCAUAGAAAUAGCGCAGACAGAACAGAUUUACUGCUUCUUAGACUUGCUUUCAAUGCAAAUGACAGAUCUAUAACUUUCUAUGGGAAUUUGGUAGGGUCACCCAAAAAUGUACACAUUGCAGCUUUAACUAUUCAUUGAAACCUCAGGCAUGCACUCAAAACUCAACUGGGACAACAUUAAAUUAUGUUCGCUCAUCUGUCAAGGUGUUCAAACAUUGUGUUACCUGUAAGACGUGUCAGGUUCAAUCUAUCACACACUGUAACUAUCCCACUGUGGAUGCUUGACUAUGGGGAUGUCAUCUACAGGUCAGCAUGCAAGGGAGCCCUUGAGAAGCUAGACGUGCUUUAUCAUUCUGACAUCAGGUUUGCCCCUUACAAUUCUCAUCAUAGACACUCUACAAUGAGUGUACAAAACAUUAAGAACACCUUCCUAAUAUAGAGUUGCAUCCCCUUUUGCCCUCAGAACAGCCUCAAUUCGUCGGGGCAUGGACUCUACAAGGUCUUGAAAGCGUUCCACAGGGAUGCUGGCCCAUGUUGACUCAUGCUGGUCCAUGUUGUUCUGUAUUGACUUUGUGUUUGUCAUAUGUCCCUGUGCUUCUGUGUUGUGAUGUCUGUCUUGUCCUGUGAUUUCAAUGUUUGUUUUUUUACUGUAUUUAUUGCACCGCCUUUCCCAGUCGUCACUGGCCAGGCCAUCAUUGUAAAUAUGAAUUUGUUCUUAAUUGACUCGCCUGGAUAAAUAAAGGUUAAAUUAAAUAAAUAAAAAGUGUAUUUGACAGACAAAUAUGCACAAGGUCUGUCUUUUCAUGUUUUUAAUCAAUUCCCGACUUGUCAAAGCUUCCAUGUUUGUCCAUCAAUCUUAUGACAGGAUGAUUGAUGAGUAAUAGGAGAAAGGUGAGUGUUGUAAUACUGUUGACCCUGCUGCUACCUCUGUACCACACCUCUCUUGAAAGAUAGUUAUCUCCAUGAGGUUAACAUCUACAUGUAAAGGUGGAUUAUGCUUUAAGAAAUCUGUCAUGCAGAAUAGAGGUCUUCACGGAUCCACUUGUACCAAGGGGGUCCGAAUCCAGAAUUCUAAAUAUUGUCACGGUCUGAGUUAGAUCUUUUAUGAUUAUCACGGGUCUCGGGUAUGUGUAGUUUUAACUGACUUGUCUGGAAGGACCCAUACAGAUCCGAACACGACUACUGUAGUAGAGAGAGAGACAUUUUAUGAUUUAUUUUGCUGCUCUUGCUUUUCACGAGAGUGACAAGUGGCACGUGUAGCUUGUUGUUGUUGUUGGCCAAUCAUACGUCAUCAAAGCGGCAAUAGGCUACGGUCAUAGAGCCUCCAUUUUAAAUUAUAAGGUACUUUUACUUUGGAUACUUAAGUAUAUUUUAGCAAUUACAUUUACUUUUGAUACUUAAGUUUACUUAAAACCAAAUACUUUUAGACUUUUACUCAAGUAGUAUUUUAAUGGGUAACUUUCACUUUUACUUGAGUCAUUUUCUGUUAAGGUAUCUUUACUUUUACUCAAGUAUGACAAUUGGGUACUUUUUCCACCACUGAGGAUAGGCUACAACAACCAAGAGCCAAAUGGUAGGCUGCUACUUAAUAUUCUGAAUGGAGUUGUUGUUAUUUGUAACUGUGUCAGGCGAGAAAAUGCAUACAGCCUCAAUUAGCCUACCUAGCUAGCUUAACUAGCUUCUCCCGGUUUGAUGCAGUCAAGACAGGUACGAGGUAAUCAUAAUGGAUGAUAAAUAACCUAGCUAUGGCAGCUAUCUACUAUAGCACCGGCUUGGUUGGUUGCUGUCUCUCGUCUCUCCCUCUCUCCUCCCUGCUCCCCAUGUCACUCACUCACUCAGAGUAGUGUCAGUCAAUUAAGUAAGUUAGUUGACUGACACUACAAGUCAGUUAAAAUUACACAUAACCGAUACCCAUGACAAUCAUAUCAGACUGACUCAGAACCGAGACAUUAUUUUUGAAAAUGUUUUGGUCCCGUGGAGACCUCUAAUGCAGAAUUUGAUCCAUCAUGAUGGUGCCAAUAGUAUGACAGACAGACAGACAGACAUUCAAUUUUUGUGAUGACCAGGCCUUGUAGGUCAGUUACCCAGGGACCACCGUCCUGCUAUAGUAAUCCACAUCCCCUCCAUAGUUCUAGACAGGAGAGGAGGGGGAAACAGGAGGGGUCACAAAGUUGCUGUGGUAGGGGUGGAGUGGACCACUGGGAAGUGAGGGAUGGAUCCCAGCCCAUAGAAUAGCACUUUUCCAGCUGCCAUGGUCACUAAGAGAGAGAUGUCCUGGCCUGGAUUCAGUGGAUCUGGAGCUCCAUAAUAACCCUGAGCCUCUCCUUUAGCCCCUGUGGCUCUCUGACUCCCUACACAUACUGGAUCACACAGAAGGGCUGCCAAGCUAAGGCCUGCUAUUUAAGUUCGGUUCAAUUUGUGUCAGUUUAGCUUUUUACGAUGAUGACCUUAUGAAUGAGAUGGAGAAGUCUGCCACUUUCUGCCACUGUCUUAUCAAUAGACAUCUUGUCUGUUAGGUACUGUAACUGCUGUAGACAUAACAUGGAGCUACAGUAUGUAUACCUCUUGCACAGAAAGCCAUUAUGCUGUUUAUAAUGAGGGCAGAGUUAGUGUCCCUGAGACAUGUGUGACAGGCACAUACAAUUGACUGGCCCUAUAGAAAUGACUAGCACAGAUGUACUGUAGAUGCUCAGCACACAAUGUGAGGAGAAGCCAAUGUGGCGUGGAGUCUACUGGUCAUAUUUCAACCCCUCUGGUGAGGCAGCGUUUUAAUCUCAGCUCUCCCUCUCUCUCCUUUUCUUUUCUCCCUCUCUGUCUCGGUCUCUUUUCAAUUCCAAACAAUAUAUAUUUAUAUAUAUAUAUAUAUUACUUUACCAUUUUCAAUUCAGAGUGGAUUCUGCAUUCAAAGUGUUGAAUAUAAAUCCUUCUCAGUGCUCGUAUAAUGAAAAACAAGUUUCCAGGUUCUGCUGUUCAGAACAAAAAUCAGGUGGUAAAUGGAAAACAGGCUCAUUGCAGCACAAAAUGAUUAGACAUGUCGCCUGGAGCACCAGACUUCAGAAUCAUCCAUUAUUUUCUUUCUUUACGAUGAUACAGUUAAUGGUGUUUGUCCAGCUAAGCCCUGGCUUAACUACAAUAGCAUGGAAACAAACAUUGCAGCAUCUCAGAAAGACCUCAUGGUGAGAAUGUUUCCUGCCAUCACACAUGGGAUUGCUGUGUGAUUAAGAUGGGAUGCAUAUUUAGUGAAGCUACACAGGGUGUGUGUGAGGAGAGAGAGAGAGAGAGAGAGAGAGAGAGAGAGAGAGAGAGAGAGAGAGAGAGAGAGAGAGAGAGAGAGAGAGAGAGAGAGAGAGAGAGAGAGAGAGAGAGAGAGAGAGAGAGAGAGAGAGAGAGAGAGAGAGAGAGAGAGAGAGAGAGAGAGAUGAGUGUGUGGUAAUUACUGUAUGUGGUGAACAGCCAUGGGGGAGUCAGUGGUUAAUGUGUGUUUGGUUGGUGUGCGGAGGAAGGGAACACUUUGCUCUGGGCUCUGCUAGCUCAGGUAGCUUCAGCACAUGGUUAGGCCAUCUUUAAGGGGAGGGGAAGCGUAAACCUGGGAUUGCUGAUACUUCACUGAGCAGUCUCUGUGGUUUCUAUAAAGCCAAUGCUACGACUGUAUGAGUCAGUUCUUCUCAGAGUGUGAGGAGUGUGUAUGUGGCCAGUGUUUGAAAAGUAGGCUACAGUUCAGCCUGUUCUCUCUCCAUAUGUUGCUACAGUUUGUAUCACAAUGCACAGGAGCUGUACUGAGUCCUGCAUUUUUGAAGAGGUGCUCACAAAACUUGCUACCCUUGUAACCUUGAUUACACAGACUGCAGAAAAACUUUACCAGAAAGGUGAAACAGGAUGUGAGUUGGAAAAACCCAAUAUGUCUAUCUUGACUCAGACAUUUAACCUUCCAAUCCUAUCCAGUUAAAGGGGAAUGGAAACACUUUAGGAAGUAAAGCUAAGUAAAGAGAUGCAUUCAAUCUAAUGCUAAACAUGGGCAUUUAAAAUAAAAUAAUAAUAAGUACAGUGGUACUUUUAUGGGAGAAAAGAAGAUCAUGCAGGACAAAUACCACACCGGCACAUUGCUUUCAAUGGGAAUAUACAGUGAGGGAAAAAAGGUAUUUGAUCCCCUGCUGAUUUUGUAUGUUUGCCCACUGACAAAGACAUGAUCAGUCUAUAAUUUUAAUGGUAGGUUUAUUUGGACAGUUGAGAGACAGAAUAACAACAAAAAAAUCCAGAAAAACGCAUGUCAAAAAUGUUAUAAAUUGAUUUGCAUUUUAAUGAGGGAAAUAAGUAUUUGACCCCUCUGCAACACAUGACUUAGUAGUUGGUGGCAAAACCCUUGUUGGUAAUCACAGAGGUCAGACGUUUCUUGUAGUUGGCCACCAGGUUUGCACACAUCUCAGGAGGGAUUUUGUCCCACUCCUCUUUGCAGAUCUUCUCCAAGUCAUUAAGGUUUCGAGCCUGACGUUUUGAACCUUCAGCUCCCUCCACAGAUUUUCUAUGGGAUUAAGGUCUAGAGACUGGCUAGGCCACUCCAGGACCUUAAUGUGCUUCUUCUUGAGCCACUCCUUUGUUGCCUUGGCCGUGUGUUUUGGGUCAUUGUCAUGCUGGAAUACCCAUCCACGACCCAUUAUCAAUGCCCUGGCUGAGGGAAGGAGGUUCUCACCCAAGAUUUGACGGUAUAUGGCCCCGUCCAUCGUCCCUUUGAUGCGGUGAAGUUGUCCUGUCCCCUUAGCAGAAAAACACCCCCAAAAUGUUCCCACCUCCAUGUUUGACGGUGGGGAUGGUGUUCUUGGGGUCAUAGGCAGCAUUCCUCCUCCUCCAAACACGGCGAUUUGAGUUGAUGCCAAAGAGCUCGAUUUUGGUCUCAUCUGAUCACAACACUUUCACCCAGUUCUCCUCUGAAUCAUUCAGAUGUUCAUUGGCAAACUUCAGACGUGCAUGUAUAUGUGCUUUCUUGAGCAGUGGGACCUUGUGGGCGCUGCAGGAGUUCAGUCCUUCACGGCGUAGUGUGUUACCAAUUGUUUUCUUGGUGACUAUGGUCCCAGCUGCCUUGAGAUCAUUGACAAGAUCCUCCUGUGUAGUUCUGGGCUGAUUCCUCACCGUUCUCAUGAUCAUUGCAAUAAUAAUAAUAAUAUGCCAGUUAGCAGACGCUUUUAUCCAAAGCGACUUACAGUCAUGUGUGCAUAAAUUGUUGUGUAUGGGUGGUCCCGGGGAUCGAACCCACUACCCUGGCGUUACAAGCGCCGUGCUCUACCAGCUGAGCUACAGAGGACCACAACUCCACGAGGUGAGAUCUUGCAUGGAGCCCCAGGCCGAGGGAGAUUGACAGUUAUUUUGUGUUUCUUCCAUUUGCAAAUGAUCGCACCAGCUGUUGUCACCUUCUCAACAAGCUGCUUGCCAAUGGUGUUGUAGCCCAUUCCAGUCUUGUGUAGGUCUACCAUCUUGUCCCUGACAUCCUUGGAGAGCUCUUUGGUCUUGGCCAUGGUGGAGAGUUUGGAAUCUGAUUGAUUGAUUGCUUCUGUGGACAGGUGUCUUUUAUACAGGUAACAAGCUGAGAUUAGGAGCACUCCCUUUAAGAGUGUGCUCCUAAUCUCAGCUUGUUACCUGUAUAAAAGACACCUGGGAGCCAGAAAUCUUUCUGAUUGAGAGGGGGUCAAAUACUUAUUUCCCUCAUUAAAAUGCAAAUCAAUUUAUAAAAUUUUUGACAUGCGUUUUUCUGGAUUUUUCUGUUGUUAUUCUGUCUCUCACUGUUCAAAUAAACCUACCAUAAAAAUUAUAGACUGAUCAUUUCUUUGUCAGUGGGCAAACGUACAAAAUCAGCAGGGGAUCAAAUACUUUUUUCCCUCACUGUAGGUUCUAUAUAAAACAUUUAUAUCACUGAGAACAGAAGCAUAACGGCACAUGGGUGACACAAAGCACAUACUGUCUCCCGAGUGGCACAGUGGUCUAAGGCACUGCUUCGCAGUGCUAGCUGUGCCACUAGAGAUCCUGGUUCGAAAUCCAGGCUCUGUCGUAGCCGGCCGUGACCGGGAGACCUAUGGGGCGGCGCACAAUUGGCCCUGCGUCGUCCAGGGUAGGGGAGGGAAUGGCCGGCAGGGAUGUAGCUCAGUUGGUAGAGCAUGGUGUUUGCAACGCCAGGGUUGUGGGUUCGAUUCCCACGGGGGGCCAGUAUGAAAAAUAUAAUGUAUGCACUCACUAACUGUAAGUCGCUCUGGAUAAGAGCGUCUGCUAAAUGACUAAAAAUGUAAAAUGUAAAAAUACUUUCUACAUUUGAAUGUCACAGGAAUCACUUUGUGAAUUCCUUUGAAAGACAUGCAAUAGGUGCACUCACACAGGCAGGCGCACACACACACAAACACGCCCACAUCUCGAUGAGAAGCCGGGAAAGAACCUUAUUUGUUUUGUCUAAUAGCUAGAGGACGUAUUUUGUAGAUGUUAAUGAGAGGCAAUUAGUUUUGAUUAAAAAUAAGAUUACUGCUUCUCCAUGCAAUGCUACUAUAUCAAAACAAAAUAAUAUGAAUCACUGUUUGGGCAAGACAUUAUUGUCAACAGCGAGAUUCAUUUCACAAAUGGUACACAUUGCUCUGAGCGAGGAAGGAUGAGAAAACACUCAUUUAGAAACGUGUGGGUCUUAUCACCAUACUCUGUUCACUUGAGGACUUUUUCAUCAUAUUGAAAAGCUGUAAUUAUCCUCAUUGUGUUUGUGCCUGUUGCCCGCGCCUGUGUGCCAAUAUUGUGUGUAAUGACAGGUUGGACUCAGCCCUCUCUCUCUGUCUCUCUCUCUUCCCCCGGCAGCGUCCAUUGUGAUUGGGAAGUGGUGGUGCGAGAUGGAGCCGUGUCUGGAGGGAGAGGAGUGUAAGACUCUGCCUGAUAACUCUGGAUGGAUGUGCUCCUCUGGGAACAAGAUCAAGACCACAAGGGUGAGACUCUGCUAUGGCCCUAGACUAACACACACACACACACACACACACACACAUCACACUGAACACAGCACACACAGGCUACUCUCUCACAAUGGCUAUGGAUGUGUCAGAAAAGCUAUGUGAAUCUGUUGGUUAAGUGAGAUGUGGUGAGAAGCCUUUACAUCACUGCAACCUUUAGAAAACAACAACAACAACCUAUCAGGAGGUAACUUGAACCUGAGUGACCAUAGUUAGACAAGACAUAUCUGAUGUAAAUGCUUUGGUACGACCUCAUCUGCUGUCCCAUUAUCAUUUGGGUAAUCGUCUCCUGUUUUUUAAUAUAAAAUACCUACAUUUUCAAAAGUCAAGCACCCUCAGUGGGAAUGAAGUGUGCACUUGACACAUAUUCUGUAUUUGUUUCUUUCUAGUGAGCUGGGCUUUUUAAACUGUAAGCAGAAUAUCCAAUGACCUGUUUUUGACAGAGGGGUAAACUCUUUAGGAAGAUAAACUUAGGAGCAAGUGCCUUUCCAUUGCCAGGCAGAGUGUAAAAAAACAAGCUGAAGAAUCGGCCAUAAGAAAUGAAAAUAAUAAAAGGAAUAAAGUGAGCUCAUCUAACACUCUGUGACAGGUAGAUCGCCAGAUUUGUAUUCAUUCUAUUGACUCCCCAGACCGGGUGCAGCCUCCCGCUUCUCUUAGUGAUUCGUGACCAUGACUUUGAAUAGAAACAGAGAGUAAUGUGAUAAUGGUGACGGGAACAGCCAGGGAAGGUUAGACCACACAUGGUUUCUCAAGGUUGUUCCACCUGCUUAUGCAGUACACAGUCUAUACUGGUAUACUAUUCCAAGCCCCCACCCUAAAAGUGAAAAGAAGUUGAACGGAUGGUACGAUUUUGCCAGCCUGUCAAGGUAAGCAAACUUCAAGAAUGCCUCUCUGAAUGCAUUCUUUGGACAACAACGUGAAAAGCGUUUCAUAAGUUGGAUGUAACCUUGGACGAACCCUCUGGUUGCCAAGCAUAAUUCCUAAAUCAGUGGUUCACAAACCUCUCCUUGGGGACACCCUACCAUCCUAUGUAUUUUAUGUAUUCCAGAGCUAGCACACCUGCUUCAAAUUGUCAACUAAUCAUCAAGCCCUUGGUUGUGUUCCUCUGCUCAGACAUUGCAUGCAUCAACCAAUGGUUGCGUGCCAUGUCAUCGACUGUGCCGUCGGGCACCAGAUUGCUAAAACAUAUGAUGUGGUUAGCUGAUAUGUAAAAUACCUAUCCAGGCAUUGUAAGAUAUGGUAUGUGUCAGCAACGCCUGGGCAGAGGAACGCGCCCCUUGACUAUGUGAAUCAGUUAAGCUAGUUCAAGGCUAAACAAAAUUGUGAAAUGUAUUGCGGUCCCCGAGGAGAGGUUUGAGAACCACUGUCCUAAAAACUCCUUAUAUGAAUCAAUUACUCUGUGCUGUACUAUAAGUGAUCUGAAGUCAGUGAACAGGAAUGGAUCCUGUGUGUGUGCAUUAGGGUAAGAGGCAAAGACUCUACUAAAGGAUUUACUCCCAAAUAUACAGAUCAACAUUUUCUCUUGACCCUCUCUUUGCAGAACACUGCGCCAUACUCACCUUUUUAGCUCUGGAAGCAAAAUGCAGAGGAUGCUUCAACAGAAACUGAGCUGCAUUCUUGCUUCUGUUAAGGUUAGUCUCUCUCCAGCUUCUCUUCAUCUGCACUUCACUUCACUAAACCACUAUAGGAGUGUGACUGACUGACCUAUGUUCAAUGGCUUGUCAUUAAACCAAAUACUCAGUGAAAAAUAUUCAAGUGUGUGUGUUUACAGAAUGUGCAUGAUUAGGCAGGCUUGACACAAAUACUGUGCGCUCUCCCUUCCACUCAAGAUUACAAUAUAACACACGCAGCACAUGCAACACACGCAAUAUAAAUCAUGUUCGUAAACAAUUUAAAAACUAUCUCACGUAUAUCUAGAAAUAUAAAGACAUGCAUGCCGCCUGUCAACACGCACAUACACACACGUAUAGAAACACACACAGCCCUUGCCAUUUGCUGUUCUGGUCAGAUCGGUGUGUAAUAGUAGGAUCAGUCCCUCUCUCUCAUCUAUUCUCUCCUUUGUUUCAUGUCCUAUUUUGCUACUGGGUACUGUGUGAAUUAGAUUACAGUGCAUAGUCCCAGUCUGCCAAUCCCAUUAUGAUGUGCUAAUCUCGUGUGUGUGUGUGUGUGUGUGUGUGUGUGUGUGUGUGUGUGUGUGUGUGUGUGUGUGUGUGUGUGUGUGUGUGUGUGUGUGUGUGUGUGUGUGUGUGUGGUUUUGUUUGUGUUUGUCUGACACCCUUGGGUAUGUAUUCCUUCUGCUCCUCUUGUUGUGUGGGUUCUUAUCAGAGCCUGCUUUAUGUCCUGAUCUGCCUCUAAGGGGGGCAUUUAGACAGCUAUCUGCGGACAGCAUAAACAACAGACAAUAUAAAAGGCUUUUAUUCCCUCUGUAUUUCUCUGUUUUAAUCAACAUCCUACAUUCUUUCUGCAUUGAGAGGGCAAAUAACCUCAUAUGCAUUUGUUUCGUUAUACUCCAGUAAAUCCUACAGGACUUUUUCCCCCUUUUCAUUUCACCUGCAGGCUUUGAUUUGGCUCUGAACAGCCUCAGUGAAAUGCAAUCAGGCACACGUGCGCACGCACACGCACAUACUCACACAUAAAUACAUCAGCUUUAAUACUCGUUUUUGAAAUUGGCAUGAAAGAAAGAAUCUGCCAAAGCGAGUGCCUGACACCCUUGUUUUCUGUCUUUUUUCUUGCUCUCUUUCAGAGGGGGAGCCCUGCUUACCUGUACUCUAUCAGCAGCAGACAAGGCAGGCCUUUUGUUUGAGGAAGUCACAGUGAAGGGAACUGGGGAAGGACCCCUCCAAACACACGCCCAGCAUAGAUCCACAUUACCCGCUCCAUUGGCUAAAUAGAUCAAUCAAUUUCUGCUCUCGCCAUACAAUUACAUGUAAAAGGGAGAGAACAAAUAAAAAAGCUGAAAUGUAACAUCUUGUCUUCAGCUUCAUUCUGCUUACCUGCCCUUUUGUUAUAAGGAUCUAAUUAUAUGAAGGCUUCAAUAUAAUCAAGAAUCCCUACCAGACAGACAGUACAUGUCACCAGACAGAUUAACUAAUAGCCCAGGAUCAUACGUGACUGAGAGAAGAAGAAGAACAACUGAUAACAGCUGUUUCACUAAUACUUUGGUAGUUUCCUAGCUGUUACCUCAGUAUGUAAUUAGAUUCAGUAUAUGCUUUGCUGUUUCAAGAGCCACAUGUUGUCUAUUAGAAGUACCAGAAGGCACCUUUUCAAGCCAGUCAUAAACCACAACAGGCUUGUUCAGAGCAAAGUGAACUGCCAACAGAUGCAUCACCAUUAAAUGUGUUGAAUAAGGGAAAUCAUAAAACAAUUGAUCGAAUGAACAACAGGCACCACCCCACACAGUAAAAUCAUGCUUUCAACUUAUAUUUAUUUGGUAACAGUUCACAUUAACCAUCCAUCCGCAUUUUGCUUUCAUAAUAAUGACAUGACAGCUUAAAGGGGCAGUCUGCAGUUGCUAAAUUUUCUGACUUAUAAAUUAAUGAUAUGUACCCAUUGAUUGUUGAAGAAUAUAACUUAUAAAUGCCUUAUGAGCUUAGUUCAACUGUCGUACCCCAUCAGAAGCCAAAAUAUGAUCUUGUUUUACUACAAUGUUUUUAAACAAAGUAAAUGUAAACAUACACUGUGGCCUCAAAACAUGGUUAAAACAAUAAUUGUGAUAUCAUGGAUGGUCAGUCCUUGCAUCCAUACCUCUGUCUAUGAAUUUGAGAGUGGUUACAUUGAUCCAACACCAUCCCUCAGCUUUCUACUGAAACAGGGGCGGUGAUUCACUUUGUUAUUGUUUCAACUACUGAUUGCCACUUUAACUGUCUUAACAGUAUAUUAAGUAGUAGACAAACUUUUGUUUUGUAGUGGGAGUAAUAUUUGACAUGUGUAUAUUAUACUAUGUAUACCUCACAUGCGACCAAUGAUAAGACUAUGUCAUUUGUACAUUAAGAAAGUAUAUCUGACUCCAUUUAACAUUAUAGUAAAACCAUGUGCGAUCAAGUAUUAUGUAUUUAGCUGACUAAGAUCAAGGAAUGGUCAUGAGAAGUGAAUAUCAAAGCAAGUAUUAUUUAAUAACUUGGAAUGGAUUCACAUUCAUCGCAUAAAGCUUAAGUUACAAGGCAAUACUGACAUAAACAAAGCAUAAUUCUAGACAUAUAGAUCCUAAGGUUAACUUAGACAAAGCAUGAACAAAGAGAUUUCUACUAGGCCAGAGGCCUAGAAGCCUAGGAAAUUAGAAUAUAUCACACAAACUUUUGCCAAUGGACAGGAUACAGGAUAAGAGAGAGAACAACAGACCUUCAUUUCAUUUAUAACAUCUGAAGGUCUAAAACCUACCACCAUUGACCAAUCAAACAAUACCAAGUUUACAGUUCACCCAGGCCCAAUCACCACAUGGUGUCACAGCAUCUAAAGACUUGUGUGAGGGAUGAGACCAAUGUAAAUAAUACAUAAUUCCUGAGAGGACAAUAAAACCUCUUUGCAUAGAGUAAUUUAAAGUUCACCCUGUACAGAUACAAGUUACCACAGAGAUCAUUCAUCCAAAUAGAUAGCUUCAGAGUUCUACUCAGAGGACAAAUUUCAGAUAGAUACCAGACAUGGACACUAUAGUAUUAUUCUAUCACACAUUCAAUAGUCAGUCCUCUGGAUACUGCAGAGCAGUGGUCACCAACCGGUUCCCAAAGUGUUCCCAUUUUGAACCAUUUCAUGUGUCUGAAGGUAGAACUCCGCCUACCCGGCAGGCCCAGAGAGCAAAUGAAGUGCACCUAUAGGCCUACCACUGGCCAAUCAGAUUGCUCAGAUCACCGUGUCUGCAUAGUUUUCUCAUGCCAUACACUGUAAAAAGAAGCCUCGAACGCACAGAAAAGUUGAUAAUGUGAGAUUUCAAAAGUUGUAAAACCAUGAGGAGAGAGACUCAACGAAUACAGCGAAGAGCUGCUGUGUUUAAGAGUAAGUUCAUGUUUAAGUUGUUAUUCAGCACUGUCAACACUUCGUUCAACAGUUUAAUAAGCCAUAAAAUGCACAUUCUCCCAACUUCCACUCACGCUAUAACCAGCGCUGCAAUGAAUGAGUAUAGCAAAAUGUUUCGAUAAGCUUGCUUUGUUAUUAUUUGCAGCUUGUGUCUUUUAAUAUCAAGGAAUAUUUCACUUUCUCUGGUCAUAGGAGUAACAACAUGAAUUGGUGCAUGAGGCAGAAAUACUGCAGCUUGAAGACUGUGUCCCCUUUUCUCAGCGGAGGGAGGGAGAGAGGAGGGAUGGUGAGUCAGGUGAGAGGCAGCCUCACCACUCCUCCCUCCCUCCCCUCAAACUGACUAUCAGAUGCAGGCCAUCAGUUCAGUAAAAACAUAUAUAAUUAUUAUGCUCACUCACUCAGCUGUGCAUCACAAGUAAUACAACAAAUUAUCUAUUACCAGCGUGGUCAUAUACCUUAAAUGUUGAAAUAUAUCAUUUCAAAAUGGUCUUAGAAGAACAACAUUGACAGCGCAAUUCAAGCUUAGCCAAUAUGCAGUGAUAAUGUAUUUGGCCUAUACUGUAGCAUACUGCACAAACCUCAUUGCUACAGAACUGUUUUUAAUUGUUUAAUGUUGCAGAGGCUUACCUUUUUUAGGUUGUGUUUAUUUUAUUUUUAAUUAUUUGCGUUGGAUCUCAGCUUGCAUUUUGACUCAUAAAGUGAUCUUGACUCAGAAACGGUUAGUGACCACUGCUGUAGAGAGAGAUACAUUUUGGCCCUCAGAGGGGGAAGGGCGUACUGGUCCUUAAAGCAUUGUCCUUUGCAUUUUGCUGGGCCGUUUGCCAUGCACCAGGUGAGAGAGAGACAUAGUUUAGGGCAGAGCCUACAGUGUCAUAAAGUGAUUUGUCAGAAGCUGACAUGAACUGCCAUGACUGUUUAUGUCAUCUGUCAUGUCAUUCUCAUAAUAGUGUUAUGUAGGCCUUAUGAUGGAAGGUUAAUAUAAAGUGGUUCUGCUUGCUUCUACUCUUUUGCUCUAUACCCAUUGUCAGUGUCACAUUAAAUGGAUCUUGUUGUAUGUUGUUGUUGUCUGGAGUUUUCUGUUCCUUGAGGGUGUUUCAUUGCUUUUCGAAGAAGUUCCUCAACAAAUGGAAUGGAUGUGUUCAGCACUUAACGAGAAACAGAAGAAAAGAGAAUUACAUUUACAUUUAAGUCAUUCUUAUCCAGAGUGACUUACAAAUUGGUGCAUUCCACUUCGGAUAGCCAGUGGGACAACCACCCUCUUUGUUUGUUUUUGUUUGUAUUUUUUUUAAAUGUGGGGGUGGGGGAGGGAGGGGUAGAAGGAUAACUAUUAUACUAUUCCAGGUAUUCCUUAAAGAGGUAGGGUUUCAAGUGUCUCGGGAAGGUGGUCAGUGACUCCGCUGUCCAGGCGUUGUGGGGGAGGUUGUUCCACCAUUGGGGUGCCAGAGAAGCGAAUAGCUUUGACUGGGCUGAGUGGGAACUGUGCUUCCGUAGAGGUAGGGGGGGCUAGCAGGCCAGAGGUGGAUGAAUGUAGUGCCCUCGUUUGGGUGUUGUGUCUGAUCAGAGCCUGAAGGUAAGGAGGUGCCGUUCCCCUCACAGCUCCGUAGGCAAGCACCAUGGUUUUGUAGUAGAUGCGAGCUUCAACUGGAAGCCAGUGGAGUGUGCGGAGGAGUGGGGUGACAUGAGAGAACUUGGGAAGGUUGAACAUCAGAUGGGCUGCAGCGUUCUGGAAAGUUGUAGGGGUUUAAUGGCACAGGCAGGGAGCAGCGAGUUGCAGUAAUCCAGACGGGAGAUGACAAGUGCCUGGAUUAGGACCUGUGCCGCUUUCUGUGUAAGGUAGGGUUGUACUCUGCGAAUGUUGUAGAGCAUGAACCUGCAGGAUCGGGUCACGCCAAGGUUCUUUGCACUCUGGGAGGAGGACACAAUGGAGUUGUCAACUGUGAUGGCGAGAUCAUGGAGCGGGUAGUCCUUCCCCGGGAGGAAGAGCAGCUCCGUCUUGCCGAGGUUCAGCUUGAGGUGGUGAUCCGACAUCGAAACUGAUAUCUCUGACAGACAUGCAGAGAUGUGAUUCACCACCUGGUUAUCAGAAGGGGGAAAGGAGAAAAUUAAUUGUGUGUCGUCUGCGUAGCAAUGAUAGGAUAGACCAUGUGAGGAUAUGACAGAGCCAAGUGACUUGGUGUAUAGAGAGAAUAGGAGAGGGCCUAGAACUGAGCCCUGGGGGACACCAGUGGUGAGAGCACGUGGUGCGGAGACAGAUUCUCACCACGCCACCUGGUAGGAGCGACCUGUCAGGUAGGACGCAAUCCAAGAGUGAGCGGCGCCGGAGAUGCCCAACUCGGAGAGGUUGGAAAGGAGGAUCUGAUGGUUCACAGUAUCAAAGGCAGCAGAUAGAUCUAGAAGGAUAAGAGCAGAGGAGAGAGAGUUAGCUUUAGCAGUGCGGAGAGCCUCCGUGACACAGAGAAGAGCAGUCUCAGUUGAGUGACCAGUCUUGAAACCUGACUGGUUUGGAUCAAGAAGGUCAUUCUGAGAGAUAUAGCAGGAGAGUUGACUAGAGACGGCAUGCUCAAGAGUUUUGGAGAGAAAAGAAAGGGAUAUUGGUCUGUAGUUGUUGACAUCGGAGGGAUCGAGUGUAGGUUUUUUGAGGAGCGGUGCAACUCUCGCUCUCUUGAAGACGGAAGGGACAUAGCCAGCGGUCAAGGAUGAGUAGAUGAGCGAGGUGAGGUAAGGGAGAAGGUCUCCGGAAAUGGUCUGGAGAAGAGAGGAGGGGAUAGGGUCAAGCGGGCAGGUUGUUGGGCAGCCGGCCAUCACAAGUCGCAAGAUUUCAUCUGGAGAGAGAGGGGAGAAAGAAGUCAAAGCAUAGGGUAGGGCAGUGUGAGCAGGACCAGCGGUGUCGUUUGACUUAAUAAAUGAGGAUUGGAUGUCGUCAACCUUCUUUUCAAAAUGGUUGACGAAGUCAUCCACAGAGAGGGAGGAGGGUGGGGGAGGAGGAGGAGGAUUCAGCAGGGAGGAGAAGGUGGCAAAGAGCUUCCUAGGGUUAGAGGCAGAGGCUUGAAAUUUAGAGUGGUAGAAAGUGGCUUUAGCAGCAGAAACAGAGGAAGAAAAUGUAGAGAGGAGGGAGUGAAAAGAUGACAGGUCCGCAGGGACUCUAGUUUUCCUCCAUUUCCGCUCGGCUGCCUGGAGCCCUGUUCUGUGAGCUCGCAAUGAGCUCCCGAGUGGCACAGUGGUCUAAGGCACUGCAUCUCAGUGCUUGAGGCGUCACUACAGACUCACUGGUUCGAUUCCAGGCUGUAUCACAACAGGCCAUGAUUGGGAGUCCCAUAGGGCGGCGUAAAAUUGGCCCAGCAUCGUCCGGGUUUGGCCGGUGUAAGCCGUCAUUAUAAAUAAGAAUUUGUUCUUAACUGAUUUGCCUAGUUAAAUAAAGGUAAAAUAAAAUUUAAACUUUAAAAAAUGAGUCGUCAAGCCACAGAGCAGGAGGGGAGGACCGAGCCGGCCGGGAGGAUAGGGGACAUAGAGAGUCAAAAGAUGCAGAAAGGAGGGUUGAGGAGGCAGAAUCAGGGGAUUGGAGGGAGAAGGAUUUAGCAGAGGGAAGAGAUGAUAGGAUGGAAGAGGAGAGAGUAGCGAGAGAGAGAGCGAAGGUUGCGACGGCACAUUACCAUCUGAGUAGGGGCAGAGUGAGUAGUGUUGGAGGGGAGAGAAAAGGAUACAAAGUAGUGGUCGGAGACUUGGAGGGGAGUUGCAGUGAGAUUAGUAGAAGAACAGCAUCUAGUAAAGAUGAGGUCAAGUGUAUUGUCUGCCUUGUGAGUAGGGGGGGACGGUGAGAGGGUGUGGUCAAAAGAGGAAAGGAGUGGAAAGAAGGAGGCAGAGAGAAAUUAGUCAAAGGCAGACAUAGGGAGGUUAAAGUCACCCAGAACUGUGAGGGGUGAGCCAUCCUCAGGAAAGGAACUUAUCAAGGCGUCAAGCUCAUUGAUGAUCUCUCCAAGGGAACCUGGAGGGCUAUAAAUGAUAAGGAUGUUAAGCUUGAAUGGGCUAGUGACUGUGACAGCAUGGAAUUCAAAUGAGGAGAUAAACAGAUGGGUCAGGGGGAAAAGAGAGAAUGUCCACUUGGGAGAGAUGAGGAUUCCUGUGCCACCACCGCGCUGACCAGAUGCUCUCGGGGUAUGCAAGAACACAUGAUCAGACGAGGAAAGAGCAGUAGGAGUAGCAGUGUUUUCUGUGGUAAUCCAUGUUUCCGUCAGCUCCAAGAAGUCCAGGGACUGGAGGGUAGCAUAGGCUGAGAUGAACUCUGCCUUGUUGGCCGCAGAACGGCAGUUCCAGAGGCUGCCGGAGUCCUGGAACUCCACGUGGGUCGUGCGCACAGGGACCACCAGAUUAGAGUGGCAGCAGCCACGCAGUGUGAAGCGUUUGUAUGGCCUGAGGAGAGAACAGGGAUAGACAGACACACAGUUGACAGGCUACAGAAAAGGCUACAAUAAUGCAAAAGAGAUCAGAAUAAAAUUAAGUAAACAUCUGGGGAAGCAAGAGAGCGGGGCCUCCCUCACUUAACUUUCACUGAAACACUCAAAUAUAACUCUCCCAACUUCCACUUUAGAAAUUAUAAUUGUUGUAAACUACAGCGGUUCAAUGUUUUCUAGGAAUAGACUCUAACUUAGUUUAUUCAGCUAGCUAACUUGGUACAGUAUUCUUCCAUGAAAACCGCCCAGGGUACUAUAUCCUAUGACGCCAUAGCUAACUAGCAUGCUAGCUUCCAAUAACACACGGUUUAGCACCAAUACUUGGUUACAACAAACUACCAAUAGUGUGUUAACACACUAAACAAAUCAUUAGUCUCUGUGUCUAACGUUGUGUAAAGUUUUGGGUUAGUUUUGACAGUUUGAGUGAGUACGUCGUCAAUCUAUUCAGCCAGUUAGUUAGCUAGCUAGAAUAGUUAGCAUAUUAGCUAGCCAUCGCUCUCUGUUAACGAACCAACCCCUCCUCCCACGGUAUGAAACACACAGAGAAAGCCAAGCUAACGUUAACUAGUCACCCAUGUCUUGAAUUCAUUUUAAACGACUCUGGUUACCAGUAUAAUAGUUAGGAAAUCCUUUUCCAAUCCAUCCCUACCUGCUGCUGCUCUGUUCCUUUCCAGAGAAGGGGACAGAACAGACAGCUGAAAUGACAGCAUGUGCAUAUAGUGUAACAAACCUCUAUGGGAUUCAGUCUGUCUCUCUGUGGGAGAAGCAGGCGUAAUGACAACUGCGCUUGUUAUAUUAGAGGUCACUUUCUGCUGGAACAAACUGUGACAUUUUGCUAUUCAUUGAUUGAUAGAGAUGAAACAUAUGCAAAUGCUGGACAGCUAAGCCCUAAGGAUUGGAUCUCUGACCAAAGGGGCUGGUUCUGUACAGAGAGAAGAGAAGGGAGAGAGUACACAUGGUACCUGCUACUGUAAGGUUGUGGCCUGGUAAAGAGAAAAGAGAGUCAAACUAUCUUUGAAUGGGAAUGAUCGAGUCGUCAUGCUACAGGAAAUCAGGCUUUCCAAUAUGGCAUUUACAGUGCUUUCGGAAAGUAUUCAGACCCCUUGACUUUUUCCACAUUUUGUUAUGUUACAGCCUUAUUCUAAAAUUGAUUUUAAAAAAUGUUUUCCCUCAUCAAUCUACAAACAAUACCCCAUAAUGACAAAGCAAAAACAGAUUUUCUAGAUUUUUUUGCAGAUGUACUAAAAAUAAAAUAAAUAAAUACCAGAGCAAAAACCAAGCCAUGGUUGCUCUGACAGAGCUCCAGAGUUCCUCUGUGGAGAUGGAAGAAUCUUCCAGAAGGCCUUUAUGGUAGAGUGGCCAGACGGAAGCCACUCCUCAGUAAAAGGCACAUGACAGCCCGCUUGGAGUUUGCCUAAAGGUACCUAAAGACUCUCAAGAUUCUCUGGUCUGAUGAAACCAAGAUUGAACUCUUUGGCCUGAAUCCAAGCUUCACGUCUGGAGGAAACCUGGCACCAUUCCCUACGGUGAAGCAUGGUGGUGGCAGCAUCAUGCUGUGGGGAUGUUUUUCAGCGGCAGGGACUGAGAGACUAGUCGUGCUCGAGGGAAAGAUGAACGGAGCAAAGUACAGAGAGAUCCUUGAUGAAAACCUGCUCCAGAGAGCUCAGGACCUCAGACUGGGGUGAAGGUUUACCUUCCAACAUGACAACGACCCUAAGCACUCAGCCAAGACAACACAGGAGUGGCUUUGGGACAAGUCUCUGAAUGUCCUUGAGUGGCCCAGCCAGAGCCCGGACUUGAACCCGAUCUAACAUCUCUGGAGAGACCUGAAAAUAGCUGUGCAGCGACGUUCCCCAUCCAACCUGACAGAGCUUGAGAGGAUCUGCAGAGAAGAAUGGGAGAAACUCCCCAAAUACAGGCGUGCCAAGCUUGUAGCGUCAUACCCAAGAAGACUCGAGGCUGUAAUCGCUGCCAAAGGUGCUUCAACAAAGUACUGAGUAAAGGGUCUGAAUACUUAUGCAAAUGUAAUAUUUUCAUGACAUUUCUAAAAACCUGUUUUUGCUUUGUCAUUUUGGGGUAUUGUGUGUAGAUUGAUGAGGGAAAAAACUAUUUAAUACAUUUUAGAAUAAGGCUGAAACGUAACAAAAUGUGGACUGUGAGAGAGAAAGGCUAUAAGCCUCCACAUCCUUCCACCAUCCACCCCCACAAUCUCCAAAUUACGACAGACCUGUUAGUAUGAGCUGUGCCCAGGGCCCCAAGGGGUCCCCCAGGGUCAUGCCCCUGUCUCAAUCACACACACACACCUGGCUGCCACCACCAGCAGAGACCUGUGGUAAGAGCUUUUUAUUAGCUCCACGGUGUGCAGGGUAUCCCCUAUUCUCUGUCCUCAUUUCUGAUUCUUAGACAGGAUUUAUCAGAGUCACAGUUUUAGUGAGAUUGAUUGCUGUGAAUGUUGUUGAUUUCGGUAAAUGUGCAUAUGAGUAAAUAUCAAACAUAAUAUCACAUUUUUGAGGAGAUAUUAACGUUUAGAUGAUAUAUUGAGACACACUGUCAACCUUGGGAAACAUGCCGUGGGUGUAACCAAGACAAGACAAAGGGAAUGCAGUAGGUAAAGAUUGAGCAGUCUAGUUCUUCAUGAACAUAUUGAGCACCUCGUUCAGCCUUCUGAAAAGCCUUCUAUAGCUGUCUGAGGGCUGCACAAUGUGCCAUUGAAAUCCAGCGAGAUUCACGACUGACACUAAAAAGAGUUGUUGAAUUUAAAUCACAGGGAGACAGUCAGGCUUACAUCCCUUUUAGCAGAACCAAAGUCCUUUCACUGAGCUCAGAUAGAUGGGCUAAAAUACUGAGAGAUGAUUGGCUGGUUCUGUUUGAGGAAGCACAGGCUUUUCCAUGACGUUGAUCGUGGGUAACAAAAGUGUGAAGUAAUAAAGCUAAAAAUAUGCCACAGUGAUAUUACCCAGAGCAGAUAAACACAGCAUGGAACCACACCAAGGUUUUUGCACCGAAACUCUCUGAUAUCUUAUGGAUGAGAAUGUACCUCAGUUUCAAAGUCGCUCACUCUCACAAAAGCUGUCUGUUUUUAGCAAUAACAGCAGAGUGGAGGUGAGAGAGACCUCUUGUUUUGACAUGUGGAAUGGAGAAUUCCUCUGGGUGUAAUCCUCACAUACUUGUAUGCCUUUGUUCUAUCUAAGUGUGUGUUUGUUUCUCUUCUCCUCUUCCCUGUAUGUUUCAGAUUCACCCCAGGACCUAACAAAGAGCUCCCUUGA